CUCGCCAGCUUCCUACUUUGAGCUUGAAAACGAGAGUUUAAGAAACCACAACGGUAACCUCAACGUUGUCCUAAGCUUCGUCGUCGUGCUUGCUUUUAGAACUCCCUUUUUCUCCGGCUCGCAGUUGAGCCGAUUUCAUUUCAAAAACUGAACUUGAAAAACCAGAAGUGACUGAAUUUGUUGUGUGACCUUCAGGACCCUCAAGCGGUGCCCGCAGUACGUCCUAGUAAUCUGGUGAAAGCGGCUUCUGUGGGGAGUUUGCUCAGUCUGGACUCGGACGGACCGAUGUCUGGCGAGUCACGUGGCCGAACCGGAAGUGUCAAGUCCACCAAGUCUGACAAUUCACAAUAUAAUUCCGAUAAACACUCCAUGAUGGAGUUUGCCAUGCAUUACUUCAGAUAUGGAAGAGACGCUCUGGUACGGGCCGAGGACGGUACCAUCCGAGGUACAGUUAAGGUGCGAGGAACUCUGGGACGAUCGUCCAAAGCAAGUCAUAAGAAAGAUAAAGCAGAGUGGACGUGGAGUGGAUUAGCUGAACUCGUCAAGUACAGCAGGGUCCCAAUUCAAACAUCACUUGUGAGGCUUGACUCUACACAGCUCAAUAAACUAGCAGUGGAGACUUUCCAAAUGAUCAUGAAGUUCAUGGGAGACUUACCGAUGUCCAAGCAUCUAAAAGAGACAGAGAUUGUGUUCAACUUGUUGAAGACGUGCCGUGAAAUCCCAGACCUAAGAGACGAGGUUUACUGUCAACUCAUCAAGCAAGUCACCAGCAAUAAGAGCCAAAAGCCUGAGAGCGCAAGUCGAGGCUGGCGACUGCUGAUAAUCAUCACAGCUUACAUUGAGUGUUCAGAUGUUUUCACGCCUUAUCUGGUCACGUUCUUACAGAGCACGGCUAGUGAUCCCAAAAGAGAGUUUCAUGGUGCGGCAGCCACGUGUGAAAUGAAUUUAAUGAAGACGUUCAAGUAUGGUGGAAGAAAAACACCUCCCAGCAGAGAAGAAUUAAGCCAACUAGUGCAAGGACGACAGACCAAACGACAGGUCUUUGUUCUCCCUGGAGGAACUCGAAUGUUGAAAGUUCAAACCAGUUCAACUGGUUUUGACGUCAUCAAGGAAAUAUGUAAUGAUAUGGAUUUGAUGUCAGAAAAUCAUUACAAAGAGUACGGACUUUUCACCUUCAUGGAAGCACAAAACGUAAUGGUGCCAGUUCAGACCACAGAUUACAUUAUGGAUGUGGUUAGUUCUAUGGAGCGACAGGAAUUCGCCUUCAGCUUGUGUUUCCGCCGUGUGUUGUGGCUACAAGGCCUGAGACUUGAUAAUGAGCUGCUGGUCAGCGUCAUCUACCAUCAGGUAUUACCGGACUAUAUGGCAGGGUAUCUACUAGCAACACACGGUCGAUCAUUUGGCGAUGCUCAGGUAACCUCUUGGAACAGUUUAUUCUCUUUAUCUCUCUUCUCUCCAUCGAACUGAACGUCUCAAUACUUAGCAGAUUAAUCACGAUCUACACUGUUCUGGCCCCAGUUGUUCGAAGGCUGGAUAACGCGAUCCACCGGAUAA